AUGAGGCUUGUCAUCAGCGCCCUGCUGGCCUGCGCGGUCCUGGGGCUGACUCAGGCAGACCCAGAAAAAACUGUGAAGUGGUGCGUCACAUCAAAAGCAGAGCUCGAUAAAUGCAACGAUAUGAAAGCUGUCCUUCCGGUCGCGUGUGUGAAGACCUCCUCUUACUAUGAGUGCAUCCAGGCCAUUUCGGACAAGCGAGCCGAUGCUGUGACUCUUGAUGCCGGCUGGGUGUACGAGGCAGCCCUGGCUCCCUACAACCUGAAGCCCGUUGUGGCAGAGUUCCAUGGCUCAAAAGAGAAACCGCAGACUGGAUACUAUGCUGUGGCUGUGGUCAAGAAGGGCGGCGACUUCCAUCUGGAUGGUCUGCAAGACAAAAAGUCAUGCCACACGGGCCUGGGCAGGUCGGCCGGCUGGAUCAUCCCAAUCGGCAAGAUUCUCUGCUCCUUGCCACAGCCACGCGUGCCCAUUGAGAGGGACCGGAAUCGGUUCCCCAAGCUGUGCCAGCUGUGUGCCGGGCCCGACAAGUGUGCCUGCAACUCCCAUGAAAAAUACUACGGCUACACGGGUGCUCUCAAAUGUCUGCAGGAUGGGGUUGGAGACGUGGCCUUUGUCAAGUACGAGACGAUCCUUGAGAACAUACCAGACAGUACCGAGAGGGGGAACUAUGAGCUGCUUUGCCCAGACAACACCCGGAAGCCGGUGGAUAAGUACAAGGAGUGCAACCUGGCCUGGGUCCCGUCUCACUCCGUCGUGGCCCGAAGCGUGGAUGGCAAGGAAGAUUUGAUCUGGGAGCUUCUCAGCAAGGCUCAGGAAGAAUACGGCAAAGAUAAACAAGGAUCCUUUAACGUCUUCAGCUCCUCUCAUGGAAAGAACCUGAUGUUUAAGGAUUCUGCUGAAGGAUUUCUUAAGAUUCCCUCUGGGAUGAAUGCCUGGAUGUACCUGGGAUACGAUUAUGUCACCGCCUUUCGAAAUCUAAAGGAAGGCAAAUGCCCUGAGGAAGAAUGCAAGAAGGUGAAGUGGUGUGCAGUGGGCCACGCGGAGAGGGUCAAGUGCGAUGAAUGGAGUGUUAACAGCGAAGGGAAAAUAGAGUGUGAAACAGCAGAGAACACUGACGACUGCAUUGUCAAGAUCAUGAAUGGAGAUGCUGACGCCAUGAGCUUGGAUGGAGGAUUAGUCCACACGGCGGGCAAGUGCGGUUUGAUACCUGUCCUGGCGGAGAACUACAACACCGCGGGCCCCAUUUGUGUGACUGAAGCCGAAGCAGGAUACCUUGCCGUGGCAGUGGCGAAGACAUCGAAUCCUGGUGUCACCUGGGGCUCUCUGAAAGGCAAGAAGUCCUGCCACACCGGCAUGAGGAGGACCGCCGGCUGGAACAUCCCCAUGGGUCUGAUUUACAACGAGACCAAGUCCUGCGAGUUCGAUAAAUUUUUCAGUCAAAGCUGUGUUCCUGGGGCCGACCCAGAAUCCAAUCUCUGUGCACUGUGUGCUGGUCCACAACCAAACAAGUGUGCGAACAACAACAAGGAGAAAUACUACGGCUACAACGGGGCUUUCAGGUGCCUGGUUGAGGAGGGAGAUGUGGCCUUUGUGAAGGAUCAAACGGUCAUGCAGAAUACUGGUAUCAAAGUGACUGAUCCACCUUCCUUCUCUUCCUGUUACAAUGACCUUGAAGGUAGUGAAAAUCUGAAGCAGGAAGACUUUCAGUUGCUGUGCCUGGAUGGCACCCGGAAACCUGUGGCGGAUGCUAAGAACUGCCACCUCGCCCGAGUCCCAAAUCACGCCGUGGUGACAAGGAAAGAAAAGCAAGCUUGUGUUCGCCAGAUGCUUCUCAACCAACAGGCUGAGUUUGGUGUCGGGGCACCUCAGUGCAAUGAGGGCAAGUUCUGCAUGUUCCAGUCGGAAGGCAACAGCGACCUCCUGUUCAGGGAUGACACAAAGUGCUUGGCCCACCUCCACGACAGAAACACCUAUGAGAAGUACUUGGGAGAAAGAUACCUGACAGCUAUUGAAAGCCUGGAGCACUGUUCAACCUCAAAACUCCUGGAAGCCUGCGCUUUCCACAGAAGUUAAAAUCCACGAGGCGAGGCCACCAUGUCCAUGGCCGCUGCGGGCUCCGAGCGACUCCGGGAUGGAGGCGGUGCCGGCGGAGGCUUCCAGCCCUACCUCGACUCACUGCGGCAGGAGCUUCAGCAGAGGGACCCCGCGCUGGUGUCGGUGGUGGUGGCGUUCAUCGCGGUGCUGCUGACGCUGGUGUUCUGGAAGUUCAUCCGCAGCAGAAGAAGCAGUCAGAGAGCUGUCCUCCUGGUUGGCCUUUGUGACUCGGGGAAGACAUUACUGUUUAUCAGGUUGUUAACUGGACUUUACAGAGAUACGCAGACAUCCAUCACUGAUAGUUCAGCGCUCUACAGAGUCAACAAUAACAGGGGAAGUAGCCUGACCUUGAUUGACCUCCCUGGCCAUGAGAGUUUGAGGCUUCAGUUCUUAGAGCGUUUUAAGGCUUCAGCCAGGGCUGUCGUGUUUGUGGUGGACAGUGCGACGUUUCAGCGGGAGGUGAAGGAUGUGGCCGAGUUCCUGUACCAAGUGCUCUUGGACAGCGUGAGCCUGAAGAAUGCACCGUCCUUUUUGAUAGCCUGCAACAAGCAAGAUGUCACAAUGGCAAAAUCAGCAAAACUAAUUCAGCAGCAACUUGAAAAAGAACUCAACACCCUCCGGGUGACCCGGUCCGCGGCCCCCAGCACCCUGGACAACACCAGCUCCGCCCCCACUCAGCUGGGAAAGAAAGGCAAAGAAUUUGAAUUCUCACAGUUGCCCCUCAAAGUCGAGUUCCUGGAAUGCAGCGCCAAGGGUGGCAAAGGGGACAGUAGCCCUGCCGACAUCGGGGAGCUGGAGAAGUGGCUGGCGAAAAUCGCCUGA